AUGAAUUUAUCCAUGAGAGAUCCAGUAAUUGCAGGGUCAAGCAUGGCUUACCACCCAUUCCUAUCACAUCGGGCACCGGACUUUGCAAUGAGUGCAGUUCUUGGACACCAGCCUCCUUUUUUCCCAACUCUGGCUCUACCACCCAAUGGGGCUGCUCUUUCCCUUCCUGGUGUCCUGGCCAAACCCAUCAUGGAUCAAUUAGUGGGUGCUGCAGAGACUGGCAUCCCUUUCGCAUCUCUGGGUCACCAGGCAGCUUCUCAUUUAAGGCCUCUCAAAACUCUUGAACCAGAAGAAGAAGUUGAAGACGAUCCAAAAGUUCAUCUGGAAGCCAAGGAUCUCUGGGAACAGUUCCACAAGAGGGGAACUGAGAUGGUCAUCACCAAGUCUGGAAGGAGAAUGUUCCCUCCAUUUAAAGUACGGUGCACAGGCCUUGACAAAAAAGCCAAAUACAUUCUGCUUAUGGAUAUAGUCGCUGCAGAUGACUGCAGAUACAAGUUCCAUAACUCCCGCUGGAUGGUGGCUGGGAAGGCUGACCCCGAAAUGCCCAAGCGAAUGUACAUCCACCCCGACAGCCCGGCCACGGGAGAACAAUGGAUGUCCAAAGUAGUGACCUUCCAUAAACUCAAACUCACUAACAACAUAUCCGACAAGCAUGGAUUUACUAUUUUAAAUUCCAUGCACAAAUAUCAGCCCAGGUUCCACAUAGUAAGAGCGAAUGACAUUUUGAAACUACCCUACAGCACAUUCAGAACCUAUGUGUUCCCUGAGACCGAUUUCAUAGCAGUGACUGCAUACCAGAAUGAUAAGAUCACACAAUUAAAAAUCGAUAACAAUCCUUUUGCCAAAGGUUUUCGUGACACAGGUAAUGGAAGAAGGGAGAAAAGGAAACAACUGACCCUUCAGUCCAUGCGGGCCUUUGAUGAACAGCAGAAAAAGGAUAAUGGCAGUUCAGAUGAGUCCUCCAGUGAACAGAAUGCGUUUAAAUGCUUCGCCCAGACCUCCUCUCCAACCGCAUCCGCAGUGGGCACUUCAAACCUUAAAGGUCUGUGUGAUAGUGAUGGUGAAAGUGAUGAAGAUAUUAAAGAUGAAGCAGGACAAGACGCUGGGGACUCCACCAAUAUAUCCACUACCACCGGUGAGCACCCCAAGGAGAUGAGGAGCCCGCCCAAACUCCCUCUGUUUCCCUCGGAAAUGGGAAGCAGGGGCAGGGAGCAUGGCAUAAGGACUGGCAAGAGUUCACCUGACUCCAGGCACAGCCCGGGGCAGAUCUCCUCCAGCAGCAGAGUUCUGAGCGUUGAGGACCUCAAGACCCCGUCUAGGGAUUCCCAUAAACUGGAAGAGCCUAAACUCUCCAAGGAGCAUUACCCACCACUCACUGUGCAGACAGACGGCAACUCUCAUCAUUUAAACCAAGGUCAUCUACAGAACCUGGGCUUCCCUCCUGGGUUAACUGGGCAGCAGUUCUUUAACCCAUUGGGGGCUUCACACCCACUACUUUUUCACCCCAGCCAGUUUGCAAUGGGGGGAGCAUUUUCUAGCAUGGCAGCUGGCAUGAGUCCAUUGCUGGCCUCAGUUUCAGGAGCUACAUCAGGUGUUAACAGCAUAGAGACAGUGAUGGCCUCAUCUCAAGGACUACCAGUCACAUCAGCGUUGCCUUUCCACCUUCAACAGCAUGUCCUUGCCUCUCAGGGUCUGGCUAUGUCCCCAUUCGGAGGGCUCUUUUCAUACCCUUACACCUAUAUGGCUGCAGCUGCUGCAGCCUCUUCUGCUGCCCACAGGCACCCUUUCCUAAAUGCAGUGCGCCCCAGGCUGCGGUACAACCCAUACUCCUUCCCAGUUACCCUGCCUGAGAGUAGCAACCUGCUGACCACUGCCCUCCACUCACUACCCAAUGGCACAAUAGACGGUAAAGCCCCGAGACUGGUGCCCAGCCCCGCAUCUGCUGCCCUGGACUCUGAACUAAACAGUAGAUCUUCAACCCUGUCUUCUGGAUCUGUCUCCUUGUCCCCCAAAUUGUGCCCAGAGAAAGAGCCCAGCAGUGAACUGCAAAACAUCCAGCGUCUUGUCAGUGGACUGGAUUCCAAGCAGGACAGAUCAAGAAGUGACUCCCCAUGACGGGCGCAUCCCUUUCUCCGGAGAGGGGCAUCAGCUUCUUCUCUCAUUCCAAACUCAGUUUGUCAUUGCACUUUGUAUGUUCCAGAAACGUACCUCCACCAUGUCCUAGUCAGUGUAUGCACACAUGGUCCAUUCACAGCUACAAAGAUGGGAAGUAGAAGGGGGUUGUUUAUAAGCUGCUAACCAGAUAUUAUCAUGAUAUAUACUACCACUAUUCAGUCCCUUACACUACAAGUGCUUACCUGCAUGUUUAAUGAAACAUAUCUCUACUGCACAGGACAUAGAAAAGGCGUCGUUUCAUUGCAGACUAAAACUUGAAUAUCGGUUAAAUGUAAUUUAUACAUAUAUCUGAUUUUAACAGUUCAAACGAUACUUUUAUUGUUUG